UUCUUGCUUUUUUUUUAUAUACUUUCAAUUCAAUCGUACCGUUAUCCUUUUUGUUUCAUUCUUCUCUGCUCUUGUCCUCUUUCCCGACUUUUUUAAACCGUGUAAAAACCCGUACGACAGAAAUAAAUUCAACGCUCCAAACGAAUACCUGACCAUCCGUCGACGUUGCUUUCCUCCAGUUAAUACAAUUUUAUUUAAGUGAUCCAGCAGAUGACCAUGUCAAGUUGUGAAUCGAUAUCUAGGCGACCCAUUAAAAGUCGACUGUCGUCAUCACCACCACAUCCAGUGAACACCAAAUGUUCAAAGUCACUGAAUCACAAGACAACCCAGUCGCAAUCCGAUACCACCAAGCAUACGCCAAAAUCAUUCCCAUCACACGUCAAACGUUGUUCACUUGGGUCGAUUACAGGCACCAAAAAGCCGAUCUCAUCGAUUCAUCAUGCAGAAAAAACGAUUUGGCGCUCACCUGGCCACUGCGAAAUUCCAAACAUUCUUGGCAACGCUUACUUGCAAUUAAAGCCUGUGGAACAACAUCGACCGAAGAAAAGCAAACCUUUGCAAGCCGGUCCUACACGGGGUUGCAGAGUUAAGCGUGAAGAUCGGCAAUCACGUAAUGCGCAUGAAACCACUGUUCCCUUGCUUUUUUUUUCUAAAAAAAAAAUAUUAUACUGGCAACCCUAACCGGAGUCCACCCUACUGAUUCCAGUUUCCACUCUUGUUUUCUUUUUCUC